AUGCUCCGUCCAGAUUCAUUUAACUUAUAUACUGAAAAUGCUGAUUUAAAAGGAAAAUCUGAUGUCAAAAAGAAGCUUGAGGAAGCUGAUGAAUUUCAAAAGGAACAUCCAAGUUCUCAAUGGAAUAGAAGCCAUUCUAAUACCGAAUACGUGAACUCAUUUAUUUCAUGCAUCACUGAGGAUGAGAU